GGUGCGCAUGCGCGGUGCCCUUUGUGUCCCGGUCGGGCGGGCGGCGCGGGGCAGGCCGGGCCGCUCGGAGCGCCGCGCCGCCGCCGGCGGAGAGGGACGCGGGGAAGCCGCCUCCGCCAUGGUGAAGAAGCGGAAAGGCCGCGUCCUCAUCGACUCCGACACCGAGGACAGCGGCAGCGAGGAGAACCUGGACCAGGAGCUCUUGUCAUUGGCCAAACGGAAACGCAGCGACUCGGAGGAAAAGGAACCACCUGCAAGCAAACCUACAGCGUCUUCAGACUCCGAGACAUCGGACAGCGAUGAUGAGUGGACUGUUGGAGGUUCUAAAAACAAAAAAAAGGGAAAGGCGGGUAAGGCAGAGAAGAAAGGAGCCAUGAAGAAACAGAUGAACAAAGCUGCCUCUUCAGGCAGCUCAGACAAAGACAGCUCAGCUGAGAGCUCAGCACCUGAAGAGGGAGAAGUGUCUGACUCAGAAAGCAACAGCUCCUCAUCUAGCUCAGAUUCAGAUUCUUCAUCUGAAGAUGAGGAAUUCCACGAUGGCUACGGAGAAGACCUUAUGGGAGAUGAAGAAGACCGGGCUCGACUGGAGCAAAUGACAGAAAAGGAAAGAGAACAGGAGCUGUUUAAUCGGAUAGAGAAGAGAGAAGUGCUAAAGAGAAGAUUUGAAAUCAAGAAAAAACUGAAAACGGCAAAAAAGAAAGAAAAGAAAGAGAAAAAGAAAAAGCAAGAGGAAGAGCAGGAAAAGAAAAAACUCACACAGAUCCAAGAAUCCCAGGUCACGUCACAUAACAAAGAGCGACGAUCAAAGCGGGAUGAGAAAUUAGACAAGAAAUCUCAGGCAAUGGAGGAACUAAAGGCAGAAAGAGAGAAAAGGAAGAACAGAACAGCUGAAUUGCUUGCAAAAAAACAGCCAUUAAAGACUAGUGAAGUAUACUCUGAUGAUGAAGAGGAGGAGGAGGAUGAUAAGUCUAGUGAGAAAAGUGAUCGCUCAUCCAGAUCCUCAUCCUCGGAUGAAGAGGAAGAGAAAGAAGAAAUUCCUCCUAAAUCUCAGCCAGUGUCUUUGCCCGAAGAACUGAACCGAGUACGGUUAUCGCGGCACAAGCUGGAGCGCUGGUGUCAUAUGCCUUUCUUUGCCAAGACAGUCACUGGUUGCUUUGUCCGUAUUGGCAUUGGAAAUCACAAUAGCAAACCUGUUUAUCGGGUUGCUGAAAUAACUGGUGUGGUAGAGACUGCAAAAGUUUACCAACUUGGUGGUACCCGGACAAAUAAAGGACUGCAGUUGCGGCAUGGCAGUGAUCAGCGUGUGUUUCGUUUGGAGUUUGUCUCAAAUCAGGAAUUUACUGAAAGUGAGUUUAUGAAGUGGAAGGAAGCGAUGUUUUCUGCUGGGAUGCAGCUACCCACAUUAGAUGAGAUAAACAAGAAGGAAGUGUCCAUCAAAGAAGCUCUCAACUACAAGUUUAAUGAUCAGGAUAUUGAGGAGAUUGUGAAAGAGAAGGAAAGGUUCAGAAAAGCCCCUCCAAAUUAUGCUAUGAAGAAAACUCAGCUGUUAAAGGAGAAGGCCAUGGCUGAGGACUUGGGGGACCAAGAUAAGGCCAAACAGAUUCAAGAUCAGCUUAAUGAACUUGAGGAGAGAGCAGAGGCCCUGGAUCGUCAACGAACAAAAAACAUUUCUGCCAUCAGUUACAUCAACCAACGAAAUAGAGAGUGGAAUAUUGUUGAGUCUGAGAAGGCUCUUGUGGCUGAAAGUCACAGCAUGAAAAACCAACAAAUGGACCCCUUUACUAGGCGGCAGUGCAAGCCCACAAUAGUGUCUAAUUCCCGAGAUCCUGCUGUCCAAGCUGCUAUCCUUGCCCAGCUAAAUGCAAAAUAUGGAUCUGGUGUGUUACCAGAUGCUCCAAAGGACAUGAGCAAGGGUCAAGGGAAGGAUAAAGAUGUGAACUCUAAAUCAGCCAGUGACCUCUCAGAAGACCUUUUCAAAGUACAUGACUUCGAUGUAAAGAUUGAUCUUCAGGUUCCCAGUUCUGAAUCAAAGGCACUGGCCAUCACCUCCAAGGCUCCACCAGCAAAAGAUGGUGCUCCUCGGAGAUCACUGAAUUUGGAGGACUACAAAAAGAGGCGGGGGCUUAUUUGAGCAUGCCCACUCUGCUGCUUCUGAUCCUGCAUGCUCCAUGAUGAUGUCCUACCUUUUCUUCUUCCCCUUUCAGUUCUCCCUUCUGGGUUGGAGCAGCAAUGGAGCUGGGAAGAGACUCUUUAAAACUGCCAGUCAUCUGUAACAUAAACCAUUCAACUAUUUACUGUAUAGACCUCCUUUCUUGCCCUUUCUUCCUGCCCCCCUCACAAAUGUGGAUCUGUGCUAUUUGGGGUCUUCCCAUUUCUUUUAGUUUGAGUUCUGUUUUUAUUUUGUUGAUGCAGCUCGUUGGUCCACUCUGUGUUCAGUAUUAGCCUGAGGUGUGGAUUUCCGUAGGGAUCUCUUUUGGUGGUCGCAGAAUCAGCACUUGGUGAUCUCCCCUUACAUACCACCACAGGCACGGUAAAUAAACAUUGGCGCAAGACCUUUGUGGCUGGAAGGUCACCUGCACUUUCUUCUUCUUCCUCCUUCAUCCUAGCUUUGGAGAAGGGAAUCUUCAAAAACUGGCUUAGGUUCAAAGUGUAAAUUUUUUUGGGAGGAUUGUGUGACUUUUUUUCAGGUGUUUUUUUAUCAUUUUUAAGCUGCAGUACUAUUUGUAUCAGUCUGUCACAGUUCUUUACGGCUGUUUUGAAUUUCUACCAGCUGUACUUGAGCAUCUGAAAUUGCAAGAAAGAAACUCAUUAAAUGUGAUUCUUCUUACUAAAACGGCUUGGCUGAUAUAGCUGUUUAACUUCAUGUUCCCUUCUUUAUUUAUGCUCAAUUGAUGAGAGAGGUACACGGCUCUUGAUGUCAGACUUGUCAUCUAUAGCACAUCCGGAGUCUCCAGCUUUACUUAGUGAAGUAGCUCUUUCUGGGAUGCCCCUGGGGUGCUCAUUGGUUGGGCUUUAUUUUUUUUCUCCUAACCUCCAAUAUCACAUAUUUGUUAAGUCAUCAUGUCUUCAUUGGGCUCUAGCUCACAUUUGUUUCUUGCUUUGUGAACCAUUUAACCUGGGCUUCUAUGAAACGAACAUAAAAGAUUAAGAAAUCACUUUGUGUGAAAGGGGAAGGACACAGUAAGGACACCGUAGAAAGGUCAGCAGGUAAUGUGCGAGAGGUAGCUGAUGCGUAUUUUUCUUAUAUGAACUGGUACAAGUGGAGUGCAACACUAGCACAAGAAUUGUAUGGCUUUAUGGAAUAUUUGACUGGACACAAGGUGACAGCUCAAUUAUCACUCAGGUGUUUAAAAAAAAAUUAAAAAAAAUCGAAGUGUAAAUAAGUGACAUUUAACAAAGAGCUUUUCCAAACAAGAUGCAACUGAAUAUAGGGAGCUAAGAACUAAAUUAAAAGAGAAUUAGAAAUCUAAAAGGAUAGAGGCCCUCGUUCAGGUAAUCGUGGAAGCACGUGUUUGUUCCUACUCAGGCCAGUACGUAUAUGCUAACUUAAGCACUGAACUGGAUAGGAAUGUUUCUGGGGGACCCCAAAAAGGGAAAAUGCUGAUGCUCUCUUUGUGUCAGAGCAUUACUAUUUUUCUGAAAUCAUACGCUGGUUAUGUUUAAACCCGUGUGUGAUAUUACCUUCUUGUUGGAUUCUUAAUGAAACUUUAAUCUAGUUCUUAUUUAACUUUCUCUUAUUCCUUUUUAAUGGUAGCUUUAAAGAAACAUCAUGUAAUUGUGUGCAGAUUGAUACUAUGAACUGUGUAUAAAAAGAAAAUCAGCCUAUGAAGCAGCUAUAAUCUACCAUGUAAAGAAAUAAUUAGGGAUGUUUCAGUACUUAUUUACUGAAUAGUCCAUAAUUCUAGGACAAAUGGAUUAUUCUGUAAAUAUGCAAUCAUAGACUGCUUUAUUUGAUGGCCUUUUCUAGCAGCUUCUCUGGAGUUGUUGUAGGCUCUCACAUAUAUGUACUUUUAACUUUUUUAAGAGUGGAUUUAUGGAAUCUACCACAAUAACUUCAUAGGAGACAUCGUAAUUCACUGUGUAGAUAUGCAUUUGAUAUGAUUUUGUUUUUUUCAACAGCUUCAAUGAUGUUAACGAUUUGUAAUAAAAAGAAAAUCAAAACUUCUUUUGCAGUAGCCAGUUUUCAAAAUAAUCACUCUCCAAUGCUUUGCAGAAAUAAUUGCAAAAUCAAGCAACUUAAAACUUGAUUUUCCCAUGGCAGUCCUCAGUGCUCUGGGGUUCAAUGAAAAGUGGUCUCUGAAGGUCAAGUUAACUCAAAUUCAGUAUUUUUAACGUGCUUGCCCUUGACUUACAGGAUUAGCAAGCUUCUACACUCGGUGGUAACGUGAGUAGGCUGUACUGCAGUAAAAAUGUCAAGACCCAUGCAGUGUUGCAAGAAACUUCUAGUGGAGAUGACCAAAAUGGGAGAUGCAGUGAGUUUAGAAUGCAGAACUCAAUGAUGGACAGUGUCCUAUUUAUCUGCAACUAUCAAACUGCCACUUAGCCACUUAAAGUCUCUGGAUUCUGCUGAUAUACUGGGUUGUUUUUUGGUUGGGUUUUUUUUUUUUUUUUUUUUUGGAGAGAGGAAACAGUAAAUUAUCAUGCAAACCUCUUAUAUUGAGAAUACAUCAAGAAAGUACUCUGAAUAGUUACAGAACUGUGUAUGAAAGCUGUAAUCUUUUUUCCUUUAAGUGCAUGUAAAGGUGAGUGACUAUAUCUCCCACUCAUUAGGGAGAGAUUUGUUUGCUCUGUUUCAUUGGUGUCCUAGCAUAUAGUUCAUUACAAUUGUACAGACUUCUAUAAAUAAACUUGGUUUGUUGGUUUAAUAAGGUUGAUUAUGUUUAUCCCUUGAUCUGAAGUGCAAAGAGUUUCCUAUCUGUGGAAGUUUGUUUUUUCAGAAACUUACACUUCAUUUAUCAGUCUAGAAAUCUAAAAAAUAGAAUACUAACACUGUAAAAUAAUUAAUGAAAAAUAAGGCCUUUCUUUUGCAAGAGGGACUGUUGUCUACUGGAUCACUUUCUUCUCUUCUUACCACUAGAAUCAAACGGAGCCUGUUGGAAGGCCAGUUCACUUGCAUCUCUGCUGCAUUUCAUUAAAAACACAAACUUCGCUUGUCUCGUGACUAUAUAGGCUAGUUUUGUAAUGAGAGCUGCUAAAGCAUGCAUCUCCUGAAUGAGACAGAGUGAGACUGUUCUCAGAGCCGUGGCAGACUUGAUUAGCUCCCUUGUUGCACUUGGAACAACAAAAUAGGUUUUCUUCCUUAGGAUUUUUUUUUAAUUAGUGUGCUUCUAAGCAUCUGUGCAAAAUCACAGAUCUUAAUGGAAUCUUAUCCAGUGAUCUUGAGGAUGGGUUGAUAGUUUUCAACUGGCUGUGGGAGAGAGUCAAAGGAAAAAAAAAAUGGGAUGUGCUGGUGCUUCUUGAAGGAAAAGGACUGAACUAGCUAUGAGAAAGUGAGAUUUGGUAACUUAAGGGUUUACAGAAAUACUUCAUUGGUUAUAUGUCCUGGGGGAUAAAAAGAUACAUGGAGGUCAACUUGACUUUUCAUUUUUGGCAUCUUUGUUUUUCUUCCCCAUCGAAACUAGAAGAAACUUAAUCUUGUCCAGACUACUUUAAGCUUUGAAUUUUGGAGUUCUUAAUUGUGGGAAGUAAAUGCUUUAAUACUUCAACUACUGAUAUAAAUGCAGCACGGUAACAGCCUCUUAGAGGGAGAUGUUUAGCAGCCAAAUAAAUGGGUCGUUUCUCUUUUGAUUUUAGCUGGAACACUUAAGCCCUAAGUGGCUCUAUAUCACCACCAUCAGCCGUUCUAGAUGCUAGAUCCCCUCACCCCCCAGUUAGAAGGAAUUUCAUGUGAGCAAUUUCUUUAAUUUGAUAUUAUUUGCAGUUAUCUGGGUCAGCUGAAUUUCCUAGCAGAAGUGAUUGGAACUGAAGAACCCGAGACAGGUAUUUGGUUUAUUGGUAAGUCUCUGUCAGCUUGCUCUGCAUCGAAGAAUGAGGGUUGAUAAAAUCUAUCUGUAAUGUAUGCAAUUUAAUAAUCUGACAAGUGUGGCAGAAUUACACAUUUCAGAUGAGAUUCAUAAGUAAAAAGCAAUGAUAAAUAAUGUACAGCAGAAGUGAGUAAGUGAAUAAGUACGUAAGUCUUUGGGACACUGGACUUAGGAUUGUGUGAUUUGGAGAAAUGGGAAGAACUGGUUAGAAGUGAUCUGGCUUUGCAGCCGAUGUAGACAAGUUCAUGGUACCUUGCUCUACUCUGCCAGUUACAGAAAAGAAAUUCUGAAUAUAUUGACUUAAGAGCAGGGAGAGGGUUGGAUUUCAACAGCUGUGGAAGAUGAUCCAGGAUCAAACGCAAGACUAUAUUCUAUGAUUCUAUCCCAAGGCAGAAGGGCCCCAAAACGAUCAUCUAAACCAAUUCCUGGCUCCACACAGGACCAUCCAAAAUCUGAAAUCCCUCUUGUUUGUGAGUUCAUACUUUGUGAAAAGACUGCUCUUAAAUUUGUUUGCUUCUCUGUGGCUGCAGACAAAUGUGCAAUUGUCAGAUGCCUCGGCUGGGGACAAGAGUCUAUUGGCCUCAAGCACAACAGCGUAAAUGGCAACUGCCUCAUUGCUGGUUUGGAAUUUGUGAUGACAGGUCUGCCAGCAGGUGAAAUUGCUGUGUUAAAACAAUAAUAAUGUCAGCUCCUCAAACUAGAUGCAUGUCUAUCAGUUUUUUAGACCUUUUACUGGAAGCUGUAGUGAAGGAGAAGCUGUUGGGAAGCAGCAGCCUGUACAUGAGCAACUCAGCGGCCCAUGUGUGGAUGCUGCCUGACACAGCAACUUUAGUACAUCCUCAGCUCCUUGUGCAUCACAGGUAUUUCUCAUCUCAUUCGAGCAACAGCUGAUUUCUUCUGAUGUUUGCUGGUAUGACAGCUAGAACAAAAGUGUUACAUCCCAAUUAUGCUUUAGAACACGAUGAAGAAGUAGAUAUUCUCCAAAGAGCAGCCCUGAUGCAGUGACUUCUGGCUGCACUUAGCAUAAACAUUGAACAGUUGUAGUACUCUAGACUCCCUUGAUUUAGUGAAAAAACUGACCUAUGUGAUCAGGAAAGCAGAUUGUUUACAAAGGAAACGGGGGGAAAAAAAGUUUUAUUUCACAGUCUUGAAGGUAUACUAGUAAUGAAAACCAGUAGCUGUUCUUUGUGUAAUGAAACUCUCCAGUAGGAAGUAUCCGAACACUGCAGGCAAACUGUUUUUCCAUUAUCCAGGCAAACUUGAAGAUUUGUGUAAAUGCACUCUUCAUCUGAAAAAGACUAAAUGAACUUGGAAAAGCAAAAACAGAAACAGUCAUUUUCAGUUUUGUAUCUGGGUUAGUUGAUUGACUAUUAGGUGAUUAUUAUUAUUUGCAAAUUUCCAUAAUACUCUCUCAAGUGAUCGUAGAAGGCUGAAGGUAGUAAAAUAUGAUGGCAAAAAUACAGAAGGAAGUUGAGAACAGCUUUAGCAUCUUGUAAAAUUGUGGGGUUUCAGCUUUGCUCCUACUAGAAGGAUCUGCUGUGAAUACUUCAGCCAUUUGGCUUAGCAAGCGAAGUCUGGGAAUGGUGAGGAACUAUUCUAACAGCAUGAGAUGCUUUCUUGGAUAAGCUUUAACAAAAACUUUAAUCUUAAGCCAAAAUCCUUUACUGCUUAGCACUAAAGGCUUUUUAAUAAUAGGGCAUGUGCUCACAGUUUUCCUGUCACUGUGUUGCAUGCUUCAACUAACAGUUUGCCAUACCUCGUACUCUUCUAGAAGCAGAUAACAGUACUGAAGGGGGAAAAUUAUGUUUAUAAGCUUUGUCUUGAAAUACUAUAAGGAUCAGUAGCCAAGAGUUUGAAAACACGGAAUCUGUAGUGCUAUAUAAAGGUCUAUUUAUCUUUUGGCCCAGCCUCUGCAGCAAUGGAUGGGAAUAGUGGGGAAGGCAGUAGGAUCUGGAUGGAGCCCUCACAGAGAAUAUUUUCAUUAAUGGGUGACCUGAAUUGCAGUCACAGGGUAAGAGUGGUUAAGGUCAUUUUGUGCUGUUCACUGAAAGCUGAUUCUGGGGUCUUCGUAGGCUGCCGUGCAUUUUAAAUGCUGGGCAGACAGCCUAGCCGAUUCCGCUGCUCCUGCUGUCCUAAAGAAGUGAGAUCCACUGUAAUCCAGCAUAGAAUAAGUCAUUGCUCGUGACAUGUUCAUCAAUGCCUGGUUCCUAACUGUAAGCUGUCUAAAAUUAGGGAACAUCUAAAUUCUGAAAGUUGCUUACUGCCCCUUUGUGUUUUCUUAUGUUUCUCAACUUCUGCCUUGAAGUAAACUCUUCAAUUUUAUCACAGUGAAGAAAAAUGGACUAAAGGGAGAGCUUUUUGAGACAGCAACUUUUCCAACGGCCCCUUUGUCCUGUGUUCUUUCCUUCCUUGUGCCCCAGCGCAGCAAUGGCUGUGGUGUGGGGAAGGGGAUCACAAUAUUGGGUCACAGGAAGAGUAAAAGGUAGUGUUUUGAAGGCUGAUCUGUGGAAACCUGGAAACUGUUCUUUAGCUCCCUGCAAGCUCCUUUGAUGUUUUCCCAGUUCUCUGUGCUCAGGAGGACGAGGAGUCAGCAUUGCCGCUGAAUGUGCUACGUAACUCCCACAGCUCAGCAUUCCCUUCCAAGCACCCUUCUAUAAAUGCCUUCACAAGGCUUUUUGGUACCAGUUUGUAAUAACAGAGCUGUAGUUGAUUAGAUGAUGGAAGAAGUAGGCCUGGAGACUACUGUUGCCUUGGUUUCUGUAUGAAAGUGUGUGUGUGUAUAUAUAUGUAUAUAUGUUUUUUUUUUAAUUGCAGCUGGAAAUUAAUCCUGGGAAAAGACCAACGUUGUAUUGUAGAAAAUCAGUCAGUAUUAAAAACAAAUUGAUUUGUCAAGCUGAACUUGACAAAUCAAAGGUGAAGUACUGCUCAGCCAUGUCAGGUAGCCGUGGUAACCUUCCACCUGGGCAAACACAUGCAACAACUCACCUUGAGGAGCACAAGAGGCUUAGGAAUUUUAUUUUUUUAAAGAAUAAUAAAUAGUUACAGCACGCACAUAAUUCAGGAAAUCAAUCACGUCAGAAGACUCCAGGCUUUUCAAUAAAACAAAUCACGUAAAAUUGAUGAAAAUGUCUUACAUGGUACUUGUGUCUAUAAAUGGAAGACAAUGAAGGCUCAGCACUUAGAAAAUCUGGUGGCUCUGGUCCAGAAAUCCUGGGGCUGAAAUUAAGCUGCUCAAAAUAUUGAGUCAACGGAGCAGCUAUUAGUGAGGAGAGUUGUUAUUAUGCACACACAUGCAAAAGAAAAAAAAAAAACCAAAACUGAGGGAGAACUAGAUUUUUGAAAGUAAAUUGAGCCGCUUGAUUUGAUAAAUCUCCUUUUAAUGGAUUAGUACUUGGGUUGUUGUUAUAAGGCAAGGUGCUUUAACACCGACUAAAAACAGCCAAUUGUGAAUUUUCGAGGGGAUUUCACUUGGUAGGGGAGGACUGAGCUCUUCAGAUUGAGUGAAAUUGCUCCAUUUGGCUGUGGAAGUAGCUGAGAUCUCACUUGCUGAAUUGCUUGGGCUGUGCUCCAGCUUUGAUGCAAGGAAAUGUUUAUACGUUUCUUUUUGUCUCUUACUUCUCAAUCCUGGACUUGACCUCAAUAGACGUGAGCAGAGCUAAUUAAAAGAAAAAAAAAAGGAACUUAAUAGCCACUUAUUGCAUUAUCAAGAAAAAAAAAAAAGAUGAAGAGUGUGUAUUUGUUACAGUAGAGCACUGUUAUCAAAACCUAAAGAUGACUUUUUGUUGUUCUGGACAAUAGCAGAUCAUGAAGCUAUGGAGAAAUAGCAUCAGAUGCUAGCACUGCAUUCAGUUUCCACAAAUGCAGCAUGGGGAAUCCUGAAGCUAUGAAUCAGGCUAGAGGGUCAGAAGUUUCACGGAGUAGUCUCUCUGAUCUUUAAAUUGAUUUGGGAUUCACUUAAAACAGCAGAAAACUCAUAAGGGUCUGAAGAAAUACUUUGCUUUUACUGGCAGACGUACAACUACCAUAAACUUUACUUUUUGACUGCUCUGACCAGGCUGUAAGAAGUCGAUUUGUCUUUUCUAUCAAGGGACUGAAUAUUUCACAGUAAAAUUAUGUGGUGAGAGAGACAGAGGGUAGGUUUUAUAAUAGAUAUUCAGCAAGAGGAGUUUAAAAUCAUGCAAAUUGGUCAAACAGAGAAACAAAUGCUGGAUGGAGAAAGGCUCCUGCAAGAAUGCAGUCAGACUGAGGGAAGUUAUGCCAGUGAAUGUUGAAUCACUUUUUUUUGAGGGUGAAGUAGUGCUCCUGUUCUAGGUUGGGAAGGGCAGCGCGAUGACUAUUCUGAGUCUAACCAAAUAUCCCUUUGGGCCAUUAUCCUGCCUUAUAUGGCAGUACAAGAAACAGGGCAGAAAGUUCUCUUUCCUCUUGAUGUUUUAACCCAACUUCUCAACAUUCUCUGUUCCGGGGCAUCCUGCAUCAGAUCUCGUUUUGCAACCACUACACUUAACCACACAUGGACCUGUUGUCUCUGUUUGUAACUUCUGCAGAGGAACUGUGGGAAUGAGGUCUUUGAGGUACCCAACUUCCUGAUCUUGACGUUAUUCUUCUUUUUCAUGCAGUGAAUAGGGGCAGAGGAACUAGGGGAAAAAAAGCAUUUCCUGGUACUGGGGGAAACAGAUGCUCAAUUACACUUCUGUUUGUGUAGUGCAGGUAUGAAUCUGGUGAGUAGUUGUCAGUGACGAUUUUCAAAGCCUGAACUUCUUAUUAGGAACAAGAGAGCAAUGUGGUGCUCGCAGAAGUGCGUGCAGGAGGAGUGCAGGGUUUUUGCUGCUGUGGGAGAACGAGCAUUCUUCUGGCAGGCAGUUGUGCUCACCAUCUCCUGUGCUGCCUGGGCUCAGCGGGCUGAGCUGUGCUGUCCUGAGAAAAGACUGGGGAAGUUGUUACAGAGCCUGCUGGAUGCUACCCACGUGACAUUGCCGACUUCUUUAAUUGCAAGUGACUGGCCCUACUGAUACCUUUCUUCACCCGUGGCUUCAAAUCUGUCACGAACACACUUGACAAAAAGACAGACUUCCAGUUUAGAGAUACCUCCAUCUUCCUUCCUGUGAAAAUACUAUGAAUCUGAAGGCAUUCAUUUUCCUUCUCCCAAAUUUUAUUUUUGGGAUGUUUCUUUUUGGAUUUUUCUGUAGAAGACAAAAAGAUCUAAUGGUUGCAGAUUCUUUUCGUGGUCCCACUGAAGAUUGGCUAACAAUUCAAAAUGAUCGCAGAAACACACUGGCUUCCAUCUGCCAGAAGAACAACCUCAUUAAAUUAAAAAGUAAAUUGGAUUCUCAUGUUGCAAGCCAGAUUUUUGUGGAGCACAAACAUAAAUUUACCUACUGCGAGGUGCCCAAGGUAGGCUGCUCUAACUGGAAGAGAACUAUUCUUAUUCUCCAAGAAGGCUUGAAUGUGGAAGCUUCUGAAAUUGAGCAUGACCACAUUCAUCAAACCUCAAUGAUCAAAAGGCUGAGUGCUUACCCUCCUGCCAUACAAGAGGAAUUUCUAAACAAUUACACCAAAGUGAUGUUCACCAGACAUCCAUUGGAACGGCUGGUAUCGGCUUACAGAGACAAGCUUCUGCAUUUUGAGCCAUACUAUAGUACCACUGUUGCUAAUAAGAUUAAGGCAAUGUUCAGGAAAAACAAAAAUUCCUCUGAAAAAGUGAGUUUCCAGGAGUUUGUCAGUUUCAUUACAGUAAACCCACCAAAUACUCUUGACAUUCACUGGAAACCAAUGUUUCUGCUCUGUGAUCCUUGCAACAUUCACUAUGAUAUUCUGGGCAAGUAUGAAACUCUUGGGUUAGAUUCUGCACAAGUUCUGAAGGCAAUUGGUGCACCAGAGAGUCUGCAGUACCCCAGUUUGAAGAGAUAUGGCUCAGAGAAACGAACUAAUGAUGAUAUCACCUUGGAGUACCUCAGACAAUUGAGUUCAGAACAAAUUGAGAAGAUAAAAAAAUUGUAUCAAAUGGAUUUUCUCUUGUUCAACUAUACUUUGAAAUAUGAGAACUAUUUUUCACUGAAACAUUAAUGCAGCUUAAACAGUGAAAAUUUUCAUUCAUACAGAAUGAGCUGAACUUGUCCUCACAGGUGCUUGAUAGGUAGGUAUAUGACUGCUGAUGAGAUUUUAGUGGUGUUUAGAGACAUGGUUUUAUUCAUCAUAAGCACUCUUAUAACAAAUCCAUGCCCUGAUCUGUAGUACCGUGCUUCACCUGUAUGAUUUUUUUUUCUUCCUGAUGAUCAUGUAGAUAUGCUUACUUCACAAAGACUGCUUGUAAAAGAUAGAUUUUUAGUCGGUUGGUAGGAUAAGAGAGAAGGGUGAAGAAUGUUGUUUUUCACAAUUAGUAUUUUACAUAAUUUUUUUACAUUAAAAUAUUUUUUUUAAGAAAAAGACAUAAAGCAAUAGAUAAUAUACUUUAGUGUUAAACCACUCUGUCUAUAAAAGCCUCAAACAUGAAUCGUGUAGAAAAGAAGCAGAUAACUUUAGUUAUUUGUAUCUGUGUUACAGAGAACUUAAUUCUUGAUUAUAUUCCUCUCUGGCAGUGCUCUUAUCGCAACAUGCCAGCCUCUUCCAUCAAGCAGCGUAUUCAGCAGCAGUCCAGCCAGGGCUUCCCUUAUGUGUCUUCAGAGUCUUCCGAUUCUUUUUAUCACCUUUGUGGAUAUGAUGAUCUGAUCUAAGAGGAAAGUCAAAAAAAAAUAUCUUAGAGAAGAAAUUAGAGGUACUUUCUAGACUGUACAAUGGAGGCAGUGCAGGAUUUGAAGUCAUAGUGGAAAUGUGGCUCUGACCUGUUCUUCAAGAGUACUUAGCAACCAACUAAUCAGCCAGUCAACACAGGGGUGACACUGUUCAGGCUUUUCACAUCUGUAUCUGCUGAAGACCAUGAGCCUUGGAGACUUACCCGAGUAUGGUACUUAGGUGAAGGUAAUAUAUUUGCUCUACCUUUUGCUUUCUCACCUUAAGAAAGAUGAAUGCAAAUUAACUGCAGAGUUAUGGUGAGGGAAACAAUGAAGCACAUGUGAGAAUUUAAAACUUAAUCCAUCUCUUCCACUCUUAGGUGGCUUUGGUUUUAGAUCAGGGAGAUUUGUUAAGUACUUUUGCCCUAUUUUUGUGAAACCUAGUCUCACGGAAAAUUAUUUACUAUCAAGCCAAUUGUAACUAUUUUCAGAAACUUUCCAUUAAUGCCACCUUUAGGGGACAUUGAUUUCAGGAGCAAACUUAAAAUCUCUUAAAUCCCACUGUCAAAUGCAGUUAUUUCCUACCAGCUGCAUCUGCAAAUAAACAAAGACUGGCCAGGCUAGUCCUCGUUCCAGUGAUGACUCACAGCUUAUUACACAGAAAAAGACAAGAUAAUUUAAUUGCACUAGCCUACCAGCUGUAUAGCCAUUCCUGCCAGCAGAAUGGCCCAGAGGUAGUGAAAAGGAGCUUGGAAAAAGUGGAUGAUGUGAUGAGAUUUGAGUCAUGAGAAUUGUGGAGAGGGCUCCUUGUGUAGUCAGUGGGAUUCAGGACUGGUCUACUCCAAAGAGAAGUUCAGCUGAUGACCAAUAUAUCACUUGGAGACAGUAAGACCAUGGAAAGAGGUAGAGGCAGAAGAAGGUGUGUGCAGCCCUUCUUGAUGGCUGAUUGUACAUGAAACCAGGAUUGCCAUUCAAUAUGUCUGGCAGUUCUUGAAUGGAUGACUAUUUCAUAAAUUGGACAGCUUUGGCAAAGAAAGGAUCCAAAGCAAGAAGCCUAAGCAAACUCAGAAAACAACUUUAAAAAAUAAAAUUCUUUUGAUUCUCUUCAGAGUGAUUCAUGGCUCUGGAUCACCACAUUUGGUAUCCUUACAGUCCUGCCAUCUCCCAACAUUCACGCCUCUCUGGAAAGCCUGUACUUGGCAUGUUUGGGUGCUUUUUUUGUUUUUUUUUUUAAUUUAUUAUAAUUAUUAUUUUAUUUGUGCUGAGGCAGAGGAAGCUGAGGAAAAGACUCUCACUGAAGUUAAGUCUGUGCAAAAGGAUGUGGCCUUUGUCCUUCCUGAAUCAGAUUUAGUGCCAUCUCCAGCUAUAUACUACUCCUAUCUUUUGCCUGAUCGUGAAGAGGAAAAAGACGGAAAAUAGGAUUUGCUUGAUAACUUUCUUCUGCAUAAUAGUUCCUUCCAGAGCUGUAAGCUUCAGCACAGGUAUUUCAAUUUUCUGCCACCACCAGCCAGCCUAGGAAAUGUCUGAAGAAAUGAUACUGAUGAAGGUGUCUGCUUGUCAGUACUUUAGUGUUAAUGCUCCCCACCAGUUUCUUACUGUUAUGCAUGGGUGGCUUUCUAUUCUUAUUUCCUUUUUCGCAUAGGAUCACGUAUAUAUUCUUCCUACAGUGGUGACAGAAAAUGGAUGAGUAAUUCAUUUGUCACGAAAUACUAGCCAGUAACUGGGGGCCAUUGAUGCAGAAAAACCUCUGUCGCUAUUCACGACAGACUUUCAGAUUUAGCGUUUAGCUAUAUACAAACUGUAUGCAGUAAAUUUCCAGGAACUACUGGCUGCUGUAAUUAUUUCUAGCUGGUGUGAAUCUCAACAACAACUGUGGAGGAUGUAAGCAUUCACAUACAACUUCAGAUGUUCUAGGAGGAAGCAAUGUACAAGAACAGUUGUGUAUUAUCAACACUAACAAAAGGAGGAUGAUAGUUGAACUCACUACAUUUCUAUCUCUCAGCCUGCGAAUAAUCCACAACAUCUUCUCCCUCCCAAGAGCUGCUGUUCAGUGAGUGCACAAGAGCUCUGCAAUACUUCAGAGUUACUGAAAACAAUGAUGACUUGUUUUAUGCUGUCAGUGGAGACUGUGCCACUUGGUUUAUUCCCCAGGUGACCCAUAGAGCUCAUUUCACUAAAUAGCCUUUUAAGUUCUCCAAUUAAAGGACUUACUGUUAUUUCAUUCUUGGUACUGCAGUAUAAUAUAAGUUGAUGGAGGCUCUGGACCUAAUCCUAAUUAGCCUGCAAGAACUUCAAGACACCUGUGCACUUAAUGGUGAAAAGGAGAAGACAAUUACCUCUUGAUGACUGGGUAGAGAAAUUUCUUGCACUCUCCUCCCUACAAGUGUACUAUCCAGAAUAGAGGCUCCAAGCUGAACUGGCUCCCACCUGCCUUUGCAGAAGAAGAAUGUCUGGGGAACUUCUUUCAUUUCAGCUUUAACUCUGGGUGUUGUUUUCCUGGGAGGGGCUCAGGUCUCAGAGUAGAUUAGGAGGAGUAGAGGGUUGCUAUAAUUCAUCUUCUGAUUUAUCAUUAUAUCUGUCCAUGAUGUUACUGUUGUUAUGCUUUAUAUCGAAUUACUGUAAUAAAUGGUAGUGAGUUAAUGCAUUAAUCUAUUUGUUCAUCCUUCUCAAUAACAUCUGUUUUUAAAGAAAAAUCACAAUGCUCAGGGCUGUUCCAUGAAAUCAACAUAGCCACAAGCUAUUAGACAACAAUAAACAAAAAGCCAUUCGACUGCUUCAGUACAUUAAUAUAAAGUUGUCUCAUGGGAUUUUGAGAAGAGUUGGAAGAAUUAGGAAGUAUUAAUGGACAUUCAAGUUUGGAUAAAAUAUGAAGCUAAGGUGGGAAAGGAAGAGAAGCCAGAAAUCUUGCAAAGUCAAACGCUGCUUCCCUCCAAGUCUUUGUGAAGGUAUAAGAGAUCCUGUGGUUGACUGGUGUACAUCAACAACAGAGACCAUGUCACCAGUUACUUCCUUAAACAGAUGUUUCCUCCAAUUAAAAAAAAAAAAAAAGUAAUAUCAGCAAUUCUGUCCUUAAAUAGUCUUAAUUUUUCAUACAGUUUUGAAUGCAUCUUAAAAUAACAGGCAACCAAUGAUUAGUGGUUUCUUGUUCAGAGAACUUUCCAAAGCAGUGCUGCUGCCAACAGAAUAAAAGAUAUCUACAGGUGAACAGCGUGAGCAAUUAACUUCAAGUUCUUGCUGCUACACUGAAUGUCCUCUGACCAAGAGGAAAAACAAGAAAUUUUACCAGUGCAAGUCAUUGUUUGGGUGACGCAGCUCACAGCUAGGAGGUGACUGCUUCCAACUUUAGAACGCUAAUAUGUCAAAAGGUAUAAUCUCUACAGUCUCCAGUUUUCUUGUCUUGUCCCUAUCACAACACUUCUUAUCUCCCUUCCAGAAUUAUAUCUGUCAGAUCAUACUGUAUGAUUAAAAAAAAAAAGUUAAUGUUAUAUAGCUUACAUAAAUUAAUGUAAGGCAAACUAAAUCAAAAUAGAUAGCUAAUUUGUCUGAUAGAAAUGCCUGAAAUUGAAGGAGGCCCUCUUGGAAGUUCUGGAUGUUGAAUACACACAGGUGUACAGUUACAGUGCUGCUCCUAAGAAUUAUUUUUACAGGAAAAGCACAACUGAUCAUAAAUCUCAGAAUACUGAUUAAAACUACAGUGAGUCAGCAGAUCCAAAAUGAGCAAUACAUCACUGGAUUAGGUCAUUGAAAAGAAACUAGCUUGUCACAAUUUCAGCGCUACCUAUGUGUCUACAACUUUUGUUCACAACGACUAGCAUACUUCUUUGUGUUGUAUUACACCUGACAGAACCUUCUUCAGCUUCCCCUGGAGACAUACUCAUGCUUAGUGUGAUGAAAGGGCUUUUUCAAAAAGUCUGACUGUUCUCCUCCAAGGAGAUAUUAACAAGCUUAGAUGUGGUUUUCAGCAUCCCACCAAAGGUACAACAGUUCAGACAUUGCUGGAGUUCAGAGAAGAACUUAGCACAAGUACCUGAAGCCAGGUAAGCAUGUUUCAGUUUGUAACUGUGAUUUAGCAGACGUAUGGGGAAAGCUUUUGUACGCAUAAACGGUUGACUAAUAUCCCACCUCACUGAUUGUGUUGUCCCCCCCUACUUUUUCCCAGACUCCUCCACAUUCACCUGAUUUGCAUGUAGACUCCUACUGAGUUCCCACAGCUGGGGGCCAGCAAACAGGUGCUACAGAUGCUGGCUUACUCAGGCACAACUUGCCAGGUGCAAGUUGUUGGAUGUAUGGCAACGGUUCUCUUUGUGUGAGGGCACCUGUUCCACAAGUGAAAGAUUCAUAUAAGGUGAGUUGUGAUUAUUAAAUGAAGUUUUGAAAGCAUAUUAUUUUCCCCCUGGAAAUAGGCUCACUUUCCACUCAGGUUUAUCAGGCAAGGGAGAAAGAUAAUUUGGGGCUCAUCAACACUAUCAAGUCUCAGAGCCUCUGUUAAUUAUAAAACAGGAGAUCCAGGAAACCCUGCUACAUUAGGAUUGUCUUCCUCUGUUUACUUCCAGAGAUCUGUGAGGACUUGUCACCAGUUGUCCCUACAUGAUAAGGGACCCCCUUGGAGAGCCGCCGCUAGCUUUUGAUAAGCAUAGAAAAGUAAAAUAACAAAGCUGGGAGGAAAUCCACUUGACACCUGGCCAUUAAAAACAUUGAUUCUGGGUCCAUCCUAUUCCAGAAAGACAGCAGUAUGUAAGAAGAAGGGAAAAAAUCUUUUUUUCUUUUUUUUUUUCCUUCAUUAAUUCAUUAGAUUCCUAUCUGAAAUGCUGAGAUUAACAUUUUUGCUUUUUUUGUUUGUUUAGAAUUUUUUGCCUUGCUGCAUAGCAAGUACUACUACAGGUAGAGCCCUUUAGGUUUUCUGUUUUUAAACAAAGGGUCAUAACAAUGCUUUUAUUUGUAGUAGGGUUCUUGACGUGCCAAGCCAGACACCCAUUUAGGUGUAUAGCCGAUCAGAAUUCAGAUUUACUCUGUGAGUUCCUGCUGCUCUUGUUUACACAGUAUGUGAUGCUCAGGAAUUACCCUGUUUCGCUGCCGGCAGCUGACUGUGUGCUACAAGUUAGGCAUUUAUUGCAGUCUGUGCCAAAGGUUUUCAUUCCUCUCAGCUUUUUCAUUUUUACUUGUAUUCAAAACAGAUUUUGCCUCCAUGUUCUCCAAACUGCAGGUUUAGGAGUUUAUGAGAAUGUUUUGUCUUUCUAACGCUGUACAAAUAUAACUAAAUAACAGCUCUGAAAUAGCUAUUUAAGCUACUUAUUUUGUAUGUAGGUUGUUCUAUACAUUCUUUAUAUGAAGUCUCGCAGUCUUAGAAAAUCACAUACAUUGCAGUUCCAGGUUGCUUUUCUGGACACCAGGUAUGCUACACUUUACCUUUCUUAAGAAGACUUUUGUUGGAAUUUCUGCAGGUGGUGGAAUCAGCCUUCAGUGCUUUUCCACUGUAUGUGUAAUUGUUAAUUCCCUUGAAUCCCUUGUAAUUUUUGUUGUUGUUGUUAAAUGUGUAAUGGUUAAUUCCCUUGAAUCUUUCUGCAAAGUAACCUCGUAGAAGUUGUAGAAAGUGAGCCUGAAAUCGAUCCCAGGAGUCCAUCUGUGCCUUAAUAUGUUAGCUCUCCUUUGCUGGCUCAUGGCACCAAUGUUCCCGGCUAAGUUCCUGAUUUUAUCUCCCGGCUCUGCCACCUGUUGCUGCCUGCAGCUGACUGACAAAGCUGUUUUUCAGCAGCUCAGCAAGCCCCUUUUCUCAGGCUUAGCACCCUGGCUAUGUGUCACAGAUAUAUAUAUAUAUAUUUCAUUUUCCCUGCUCCAAUUGAAUUAUUUGCAGUUCAAGGCAGUCAUCAUCUCUCCUGAAGCAAGGUGCCCUAAGCUGUGUCCAGUCCUGUGAAUUUAGGAGUGUUGCAUGGAUUGAAAGAGUGAACUCAGGUUUGUCCCAUAUUAUAUUCCUAUUUGUAUUGUGAAUUUCUUUUAAUUGUUAUACCUUACAUGUUAAUAAGACCGAACCAUGGUCCUACAUCCAAAGGUCACAGGACAUGAGACCUGGAUUCUAAUCCAGACUUGAACCUGGAGCUGUUCAAACUUCAGCUGCAUAUGGCUAGGCUUUUGGAGACGUAUAUAUUCGUUUUGGCACAGCCUUGGAAAUUUAACAGAUCUAAAUGCCCUUAGGUCUUUGAAGCUGGUAACCGAUUAUUAUGGGGCCAUCUGGUGGUGAAGCGUGUGCCUGUCAAGAGUGAAAUACUCGGAAAAAAGAGCCCAGCAUUUUCAGUUCUGAAGGUGCUUUUGUCCUUGUGAGGCAAAUUCUCAAGCCUAUUGGACACCUGCCCCACACGUGCUGGGAAAACACUGUGCUGCCAACCAUUCUCCCUGCAAGUUUCUGAAAAAGGCAUGGCAUACAAUUAAAACCAUGGUUAACUUACCAGUGAUUAGCCCCUUCAAGAAACGCUACUCAUGGGUGCAGCUGGCUGGACAUACAGAAAGCAGAUGGAACAUGCAACACAAACUUCAAAACUACGAAGACACAGGAGCAAGUUCUCCAGGUUUUUGUGGAAUUCAUUGAGGGCAACACAACUAUUCUG